AACAUGUGAUGAUAUUCUUUCUUGCUUUGAGGUUAUAUUCGUAUAUAUUUUCCAGUAUAUCUAAAAAUAAAUAUCGAAAUUCAUUUAUUUUACUGCGCUUCCAAAUUUUUAGUCAUGCCAAGCUCUGCCGACAUUUCCAAGCUAAUUGCCGAUGCUGAUGAAAAUGAGGGUGAUUCCGAUGUCCGUUUUAGUACUGUUGGUGAGUACAACAAGUCUGUUUUUGCAGCGAGCGUCAAUGGGUAUAAGGACAUGAUGAUGUUAUCAUUGGUUCCUAAAGACCCUUAUCCAUCGGAUGACUCUAUUUUCGAAAUGAAAGAUGUCAUCGAAAACCUGAUGUGUCAUCCGAAAGGGAUAUUUUUAUAUGAUGAUGAACCUCGAGCAAUUGGGCUUAUACUCGCUUCUUUAGACCUAAUGAAUACAAUAAAAAACAGAAAGACGAUGUAUAGUGCCUUUCUAGACGCCAUGGAGCCGACCCAUAUUUCCGGAGUAAUAUUGUCUGAGGAAAUACUGGAUUAUAGUGUAGAGCCUUCAGUCUCACUCCUCGAUACUCUGUCUUCGAAGGGAGUCCUGUUCGGGGUUCGUGUGGACAAAGGUGUCGGCCCUCUCUCUGGAAAAUAUCGAGACGAGUGCAGAACUGAUGGCCUAGACCAAUUAGUUCAAAGGCUUUCCUCUUAUAAGAAAGUGGGUUGCAAGUUUGCCAAAUGGCGGAGUGUGUUUCGAAUCAGUGAUACCACUCCUUCUCAUUUGGCCUUAUCUGUAAAUUGUAACGCUAUAGGAAAGUUUUCUGCCAUAACACAAAGCCUUAGCUUGGUACCAAUUAUUGAAAUUGAACUCAUCAGUUUCAAGACUUCUUUUAUAAUUGAGCAAUCCGCGAAAAUUCUAGAAAAGGUUCUUAUCGCCGUUGUCAAAACAUUGUCUGAUUUCAACAUUUCCAUCGAGACUACUAUAAUUCAGACAUCGAUGCCGCAUUGCACUAUUGGUUGCCGUACUGGCAAGAUCACGACAAAAUAUUUGGCCCAAACAUUUUUGAACUGCUUGAAGAGAUCCUUGCCCACUGCUACGGGCGGAGUUAGCAUCCUUUCCGGGAACAUGAGUGAGGACUUGGCUAGUGUGACUUUUUCUACCCUGAUGUAUAUUAAAGACAAAUAUUCACCUUGGCCGAUAACGUUUGCGUUCGGAAAAGCUCUGACCCACUCAGCCAUCCAGGUCUGGGACCAAGAAGCUUGCAAAGAUGCCCAGGACCAGUUCAGAAAGAGAGUGGCCGCCAACGCCUUGGCUAGGACUGGUCGCUACAAAUCUGGUGCCGCUGUAACGGUGGCGAUGCAUGAUGAUCUUCCCAUGGAUGAAUUGGUUCAUUAAUAAUUAUUUUUUUUAUCCUUCAGAAAAAUGUAUGAUCAGAGUAGUUGUUUUAUGAUUAGACUUAAUGAAUUAUUAAGGUGAAAAUUAAAAAAAUCAUGAUUCUGCCUUUA